CCUUCUUCCCCAGAGCCAGGAGUCGCAGCUUCGCCAUGGUUCGAAAGCGCUUUCCUGACGCCGAAAAAGGAUUUCAGCUGGAGAAGUUUCUGAAGAAAAUAGGAGUAGGGAAAGAUGAUCGUUAUUUCUGGAAACAAGUAGGGAAGGCUUUGCUAUGCACGUACGCCAUAGUAGGUGCAGUGUGGGUGUACAAUGAAACAUCACCAUUGGGUUGGUGGACGCUGAAACCACGGCCAAAGGAGGAGCGAGAGCUAGCCCACCUGUACGAGCGGCGGGAGUUUCCUUACCCCGGCGACGAAGAAGCCAUGAAAGAGUUUGUUGCCAAGGGAGGGAUGAUUGGAACGGCCAUUGGCCCAAAAGGGUUCGCUGAGACUGAUAAGGAUGCGUACAAUUACCAGAAGCAGCUGCAGGACGAGAAGUUUGAGAUAGAAGCUCAAAAACUUUGGCUCAGGAUGAGGAAGGAGGUUACUGAAGAGCUUAAAGAGAAGGGCUUUGAUGUGGAAUGAGUCAGAAAGUGUGGCUGAAGAUAAGAAAGGUCAUUUCCCAGAGGCUUUUAUGCCAUUAGCCUAAAGGCUCAUUAGCCGUUUCUCAGUCAGAAGAGUGGAAGAAUGUAAUAAAUUUCGACGAGGCCCUCAUAAAUAUUUGAACUGAUUGUGUGGCUAAUUAGAUAUAUCUGUUGUGAGAACUGAGAAUCAAUUUGGUAAAUAUUUAGUCCGAACUGUUACGUCCUUACAUGAUCUUUCGUUUAACGUUAACCAAGACUGAUUAGAAU